UCGGGGAUCACGGUAUAAUAAAGCCGAGAAAACAAACACUAAUUUACGGCAUGCAAUUGGAAACAAGUGAAGUAAUCACGUGGGUUUUUACAUACGUCAACUCCUCCUCCUUUCUUUAAACAAGUGACUUUUGUUGUUGAUUAAUUUGAUCGUUCUGUGUACGUCUCCACUCUGGCUUUUUAAGCGGACCGAAACACAGCUUCGUCAUGACGGUGUAUGGGAGGCAAAUACGGGCCGUGGCAGCUUGCCGGCCUAUCGGUGCUUUUCUUGGAUGUGUUUCCCUUUUCGCAGUUGUUCACAUCUUCUCCAAUUUUCCUGGCGAUUUUGACGGCGUGUACUUGGCGGCGGCUAACGCGGACCAAGGAGAUUCGGUACCUGGAAUCGAUGCGCAUGAUGUUUCCAUUCGGAAAACUUACCUUGAUGGACACUCACCAGAACACGACAUAAGCGGAGAUAGAAAUGAAAAGAACGAGGUUGACACUGAGACCAAAGACAGCGAGCUGGUGCUACCACCACGGCCCCUCGUUCAGGCUCACCCGGCAGUGGAAGUAGACACAGUGAGAUUCGCUGGUAAGGCAUUCCCUUGGCCUGAGCGGAAAAACGUAGUUCCAAAUUACUUCACAUCGUACCGGGGAAAUUCUGCAACAUCGACGGCGAAGCAAGUUCGCUUCGACAACGCGAGCAACAUUCUCGUGUUCCUGCACCACAAUAAGGCUGCGGGGACGACCACUAAAGAGUGUAUCCAAACACUUUCGAAGGCAGGUAAAGGUCGCCAUAACGCACCCGUGUUCAGCAGUGGCGGCCGGGUAGCCGCUGAACUACGCCUCGCUCAAAACAGGAACAUCUUAACGAGGAGUGGAGCGCCCAAUACUUACUUCGGAGGGUACUCAUUUGGGUGGUGUGAUCAUUUCGUGAAACCGUGUGCAUACUUUACUGUUAUGCGGGAUCCAUACGACCGGAGCUUGUCAUCACAUACGUACUGCAAACGCAAUAAAGGGGACCAGCUGUGUACGGCCCAAGUGGCGGGAAACCUGUCCCUUCGCGAAUGGGCACUCCAUCAAGGAAGUUUCUUCUUCCGGCAGCUGCUGUUCCAACCGGAAUUCUGCAGUGAUAGGACAGAGUGGGUUCCGUAUAUCAACUUGGACCCGUUUCCGCACAAGUUCCAACGGGGUGAGAACUCUCUGCGAGUGGCUCCGUGUUGGUUCCGACAGAAGCUUAUUAUGAAUCUGACCCUCACCCAAGCUGAAGAGGAGACUCUACUAACAUACUGCCUGGACAAUCUAGAGCGUUGGUUCGCUCUCAUCAUGCUCGUAAACGAAUAUGACGAGUCGCUCAAAAUGGCCGACGAAGCUUUCAAGUUACCGAUUCACAAACUGUGUUCCGGAAGUCAUCGCAACGGCGGCACUUACAACAAAACAGCAGUCACCAAAAAGGGGAAACCGUCACCAAGUGACAUCACUAAAAAGAAACUUCUGGAACUACGAAAUGACCCAGAGGUUCAACGAGCAUUAAGACCGGACUUGUUAUUAUAUGAAAAGGGAGUUGAGAUAUUUAAUCGUCAACGAGAAGUAUUAAACAAAAUAAAAGCACAAACAUGACAAAAUACUUUCAAUGGAAACUGUUCAGGGACUCUCAUUAAACUCAAGAGAAACAAAACAACUCAUCAUCACGCAAAAUAACGGUCGGUUCCGAGACCGUAGCCACAAUAUUUGUUUCAAUGUUAGCCCAUUCCAAUCCCGUGACAGUCAUUUUAUCACUCCCAUCGCCUAACGUCAGAAAAAAUGUCCGCGGCCGGCAUCCCCCAAUGUGAAAAUUUACAGAAAAAA